AUGGCAUCAGGGCUGUGCUCCUCUGUUGGACUCCUAAUCAUAAUGUGCCUCCAAAGCCCACCAGGAUUCAGUGCUUUUCCGCAGGUGUCUCUGUCUAAUCUCUUUACUAGUGCUGCGUUCAGGGCACAGUACCUUCACCAAAUGGUUACAGAUACAUACCGAGACUAUGAACGAACAUAUAUCCCUGAAGAUCAGAGAUAUUCAAACAAAAACUCCAAACUCCCUCAAGAGCGUUGUUACUCAGAAACCGUCCCGGCCCCAACGGACAAGGACAAUACUCAUCAGAAGUCAGAUAUGGACCUCCUGCGUUUCUCACUCAUGCUUAUUCAGACCUGGAUGACACCAGUGGGAGUGCUUGUUAACAACCAGGUGUUUGGGAGCUCAGACAGGGUAUCUGAAAAGCUGAGGGACCUUGAUGAAGGAUUACAUGUCCUCAUGAGAGAACUGGAUGACGGAAAUGCCCGCAACUAUGGUCUUCUGACUUUACCAUUUUAUAAGUUAGAUAAUCUGCGCAGCGAAGACCCAAGGAUAAAAUUUUACAACCUCCUGUCCUGUUUCAAGAAAGACAUGCACAAGGUGGAGACCUACCUAAAGGUGAUGAAAUGCCGGAGGUUUGUGGAAAGCAACUGUACCUUUUAA